AUGUCUCCUUCCCUCCAUGCUCUCUCUCUCUCUCUUUCUUUUUUUGUUCCUUCCUUCCUGUCUUUAUCUAUCUAUCUAUCUAUCUAUCUAUCUAUCUAUCUAUCUAUAUAUGGUGGCCUGACGAUUGCAUCUAGCAAGAAACAGACUGUCGCCUCGAAGUUCAAGAGGACCAUGGUCAUGGAUAUUUGGAGGAAGUGGAAGGCGUGUGAGAACAAGGACGACUUUCCUGCCAAACGAAAGGCCCACAACGUUCGUUCUUUGGCCGUUAGGACCGGCGAUUUCGUCACAUCACUCAAGGAGACAGUCGACAAUGAUGGAAGCCAGAGCUACGCAGAGAUCGCCGCUGACAUGGACUAUCAAAAGUCGAUGAUCUGCGGAACAACAAGAAGGACAUUGGUUACUCCUCCUACCGCAAAUCUCACCGCAUGCUCAUCACGAAUGUUUGUAAGGAGUCAAGAAAGGUCAAGGCUGUGGUUUUGCAGAACGAGCUCAAGUACAGGUCCGCCGGGAUGCUGA